UUUCAGAGACACGUGUACAGGGAACAAGGAAGUAAAUAGUCGGUGGACUUUCUCAGCUGGUACUGGAGUGGUAAAGGUUUGGCAUCAUGAUCGCUGGCUACAGCCCCAUGGUCCAGGCCCUCCUCGGCACGCUGUUCACCUGGGGCCUGACUGCCGCAGGGGCGGCGCUGGUGUUCGUCUUCUCCAGCGGCCAGAAACGGAUUCUUGAUGGUAGCCUGGGCUUCGCAGCUGGGGUGAUGCUGGCUGCCUCCUACUGGUCCCUGCUGGCCCCGGCCAUCGACAUGGCCGAGGAUUCUGGGAAAUACGGCGCCUUCGCCUUCCUGCCGGUCGCCGUGGGAUUCACGCUUGGCGCCGCCUUUGUGUACGCCGCUGACCUGGCGAUGCCGUUGCUGGUGAGUCACUCGAGCCCCGCCCACUCCUCUCUGCACACGAGCGGAGCUCCGUGAUUGGUCGGCCUGACCGCACGCGCUCGUGGA